AUGACACCUAAAAUCACUCUCCUGUCGGAUUUAACACCCCCUUCCCUAGAGCGCACAUGGCUAACCGCACCACACCCCACCCUUCCCAUCGUCGCGACCUGCAGCUCCGACAAGACAGUGCGGGUAUACUCGCUCACGAACUUCAAGCUCCUUUCAACUAUUACAGGCGGACACAAGCGCAGUGUCCGGACAGCGGCCUGGAAGCCGCAUGUACAAGGCGAAAGUGUCUUGGCCACCGGUAGUUUCGAUGCUACGGUUGGCGUCUGGCGACGAUGGGAUAGCUACGGGCGCACUGAAGAUGUUGCGGGGAAAGACAUUUCCAAUGAGAAUAUGGAUGGGGAGGAUGUGGAUGCUGGUGAUGAAGAGGAAGAAUGGCGCUUUGCUGUGCUACUGGAUGGGCAUGACAGCGAGGUGAAGUCCGUUUCGUGGUCGCCGUCUGGCAUGCUGUUGGCCACCUGUGCGCGUGAUAAGUCGAUUUGGAUCUGGGAGGAUCUGGAUGAUGGGGAUAACAACUUCGAGACUGUCGCUGUGAUGCAGGAGCAUGGUGGUGACGUGAAGUGCGUUUCGUGGCAUCCUGUCGAAGAGUGUCUCGCCAGUGCUGGAUACGACGAUACAAUCCGACUGUGGCGUGAGGAUCUGGAUGACUGGGGUCAGGUGGCUUGUAUUAAGAAGCACGAAGGAACGGUCUGGUUUUUGGACUGGGAGGGCACCGAGACAACUCCGACUGUUGCGGACGGAGCUGAUGCGGCGGCAUUACAGAGCCAAUGGCGCGAACAGCGUGCGCUCUCUGGUCCGAGACUUGUUUCUUGCUCGGAUGAUCGUACUGUCCGGGUCUGGCGUCGUCUGCCUAAGGAGAGUGCGCAGCUGGGCGCGAUGUCGUCUGCUGCUACUGGAAUUCCGAGUAUUAUUCGGCCAACCGGCACAGAUGAGACAUGGGAGGAGGAUGCGUUGCUACCGCAUGCGCAUGAAUUAGCGAUCUAUGCGGUUGCUUGGAGUCGACGAACUGGACUUAUUGCGUCUGUUGGUGCCGAUGGGCGGAUCAUCAUCUACCAGGAACAGAUUAUAUCUCCCCCUGCUGAUGCGGAUGCCAUGGAGACAGAGCCUGUGGCGGGCACGGCGUCACUACAGACGGAGUGGACAAUACUCGCUGUGGUGAAUGGUGCCCAUGGUAUUUACGAGAUCAAUCACGCUGCUUGGGCCAAACGCGCAGAUCGUGGAGCUGUGGAAGAGGAAGAAGUUUUGGUGACAACUGCAGAUGAUGGCAGCGUCAAGGUCUGGACGCUGCAGCAGUGA